UUGAUAUUGCAUGUUAUUACUCACAUUAUAAACAUUACAUUGAUACUAAGUUUGGAUCUUCAGUGUUCUUAAUUAAUGAUCAAGGUGUCUAGUGACCGGGAAAACCGGGAAAGCCGGGAAUUGUACGGAAAUUAUAACUGCCAGGAAAAAUCCGGGAAUUGUAACAGGAAUUUUUCAUAAAUCCGGGGAUAAAAACAAAGUUUUAUUAAAACGUGUUAUGCUGCAUUUCAUUUCUGGAUCAUCAUCGCUGACCAACAAAUACCGUUAAAAACUAUCAAUAAGUUUUAAGUGGGACGCGAGUCUUCACAGGUCCAUGCGGCGCCCGGAGACAGCGCGAUAGACUUGGCAACACUGCUUGUGUGACUCACCCACGCGAGCGCACGCACACACACCAGUUCACAAUCUCUCGUUCAGACGUCUGGCGCCGUCUAACAGCAUUCUGCCGCUGUUUUCCGCUAUCCAGUGUUUGUGUUUCGUUGCAAUGCGUGUAUGUGGAUUAUUAAGUAUUUACAGUAAAACGGACUUGAAAUGGCUCGUCGGGUGAGAGGGAAAAUUUCGUUUCAAACGGAUUGGAAAGUAGAAUUCCCUUGGGUUGAAGACAUCAAGGAUGAUCGUCACUCUGCUAGGUGUGCAGUCUGUGGGACUACUUUUUCCAUUACUUCCAUGGGAAGAACAGCUCUUACAAGCCAUGCCAGUGGAAACAAGCAUAAGAAAAAUGUGAGUAGUGUAGAUAAGACAGCGCCAAUUCAAAUUUGGGCUACUACAUCUGCCCCUGAAACAUCUAAAGCAUCUGAACCUUCACCUUUACCAUCUUCAUCUGUAAUUCAACCUUCGUCAGCUGCUGUUAUUCCUGGUGCGAGUAUGAAUCUACCUGCUGAAGAUUCGUUAAUCCCGAAAUCUGCUUCUACAACCCGCUGUUUGGAUAAUUUUCUUCUUAAAGACGAUGUGACUCGUGCCGAAGCUUUGUGGUGUCUUGAAACGGUGAUGAAUCAUAACUCCUUACGCAGCGCUGCUAGUAGCGUAAACAUGUUCAAGCGAAUGUUUCCCAACGAUCGUGUUGCAAACAAUAUGAAACUUCAAAAAGAUAAAAUUUCAUAUGUCAUAGUUUAUGGACUUGCUCCUUAUUUUUAUGAUAAGUUGAAAAGUGUUUUGAAAGAGUGUGAACAUUUCGUGUUGGGUUUUGAUGAGAGUGUGAACAAAAUUGCACAGAAACAACAGAUGGACUUGUCUGUCAGAAUUUGGGACUCAAAUGUAAAUAAAGUUAUGUGUAGGUAUGUAACAUCCAUCUUUUUGAAUCACGCUACAGCUGAAGAUCUCUUACAAGCCAUGAAAACUGGCUUGGAAGGAUUUGACAUGAUGAAGAUUAUCCAAUUAUCAAUGGAUGGUCCUAACGUAAAUUUCAAAGUACUUAGGCUUUUACAGCAAGACAGCAGAUCUGACCCAGAAUCCCCACAGUUACUAGAUAUUGGUUCUUGUGGUUUACACACAGUGCACAAUGCCUUUAAGACAGGCAUCAAGAAAUCUGGUUGGGAGAUAAUUGAGUUUCUUAGAGCCCUUUACAAUUUGUUUAAAGAGGCUCCAAGUCGACGAGGAGACUAUACAGAGGCUUCAAACUCACACGUGUUUCCUUUGAGGGUUUGCUCAAUUCGUUGGAUUGAAAAUGGCAAAGUAGCGAGGAGAGCAAUGGAAAUAUUGCCACUUGUUGAAAAAUAUGUCAACAUAGUCAAAACCACAGCAAAGGAACCAUCUUGUAAUAGCUUUUCUGUUGUAUGUAAAGCCCUGCAAGACAAACUCCUGCAAGCGAAAAUAGCUUUCUUUGAGGCACUGGCAAGUGACGUUGAACCAUUUUUGGUAGAAUUCCAGUCUGAUUCUCCAAUGGCACCAUUUCUUUUCGAUAGUUUGACAUUUAUUGUAAUGACUGCUAUGAAAAGAAUUGUGAAAACCGAGAUUAUUGAGAAAACUCCUCUUCACAAAAUUGAUGUUUUCAAACAGAAUGCAGAUAAGACUUUUGUAAAUCUCAAGGAUGUGAAACAUGUUGAGCUUGGUUACAGUACCCGUGCAGCACUAAGGAAGUGUAAGAAUGCCUCUGAGAAAGAUAUUUUAAUUUUCAGAAAAGAGUGUCGGAAUGUCCUGCAAUUUUUCGUGAGUAACCUGUUGCUGAAGUCUCCUCUGAAGUAUUCUCUUACCAAGGCUCUUACUUUUUUGAACCCUUAUCAUAUUUCUUCCAAAGAUAGUUGUGUAAAACAACUUACUACUGCUCUUGACCACCUCCUUACGGCCAAUCUUCUGCCAGCUAGCACUGUUGAAAGGGCUGAUAGAGAGUACAGGUUUCUUUGCUCGCAAUCAAAUGUCAUUGAAGAAAUGAAAACCUACUCUAAGUCUGAAACUCGCUUGGAUACCUUCUGGGUGCAGCUUAUAGAAGGAAAGAAGGAAUAUGAGAACCUCUUUAAAGUAGUCAAACUACUUUUAAUUUUGUCUCACGGCAGUGAUAACAUCGAACGAGGAUUUUCAGUGAACAAAGAAAUUUUAGUCGAAAAUCUGAAAGAACCAUCACUCAUAGCCCAGCGUCGUAUUUUUGAUUUUGUUAGUAAUGAGCCGGGUGGACUGAUGAAGCUAGACAUUCCUAAAGCCAUGAUUCAUGCAGUGAGGAAUGCUUAUUCCAUGUACAGUGAGGCACUUGCAGAGCAGCAGUGUGCAAAUAAGAAAAUUUUCAAGCUAGCGGAAGAAAGAAAACGUGCAGCUACUGAGAUCAAACAGCUUGAGGCGAAGAAACUCAUGUUGCUUGAGGAUGUACAGCGUGCAGUAUCUGCCAUCGAUGAGAAGGUGAAAGAUCUUAAAAAAUAGUAUAGGGCUGUGUAUUGCAUGACACUAUACAGUUAAACUUCUCACAGUUUUGUACUAGUGUGACUAUGGACCAAACAAGCUGCAAGACAAUUACUAUCGAACCAGGACAAAUGAAAAAUUCCAAUGUUUUAAUAAUGAAUUUGAAGUUCCAACAUUUCCAGUGAGAAGGUAGGCCUGCAUAUGUCUUUGAUGUUUAUAGCAUCUUUAGAUGAUCAUUUUGUUAAAAUGCUUUUUCUCAUUACAUACAGUAGUAAUUUAGUAAUUUAUUGCAUUUGUUCAAUUUUGCAUGUACUAUCAUGAUUUUGGGGUAAAAUUUUAUCGCGUAUGAUUUACAUGU